UGCUUCACGUCGCUGGAACCCUGUGUGAUUUUCGCGCCCUGCCACCUCGACGAGUACGCUGGCGUCUUCUGGGCUGGUGACACUUUCACCAUUAAAGGAUUUAAUGAUUUACUUACUUGGAAGAUGACCUAGUGGUUAGAUCCAAGGACCAAAGCAGGAAGAUAGGAGGAGGGUCAAAUUGGGAUUUCAGAUACUAUGAGAUUUUACCUGUCUUUGGUCCCAUUAACUGAAAGUUUUGAAUGAUCGUCUCUGACAUUACAAGAAGUUUAUAUGAAAACAUUGAAUUUUCUCUUAGUACUGCUGCUUGUUCUGACAUUAUGAACAUAAAUUUUCAUCUGUAUGUGUGUUCAGUGGAUAUGCUUGCAUACCAGAUCAACUGUGGUUAUGAAGUAUUUGUUUACUGAAAUAAGAAUUUAAUUGAGGAAGUUGAAUUUUACUACUAAUUUCUGAUUCCCAGACUUUUUCAAGGAAGAGAAUGUCCGUGGUACACCAGUUGUCACCUGGGUGGUUACUGGAUCAUCUUUCUUUUAUUAACAAGAUAAACUAUGAGCUUCACCAGCAUCAUGAGCUUUGUUGCAGUAAAAAUGAGCCCAGUUCUUCUAUCCAGUUUGAUUCUCUUCAAAUAAAUUGUGUGUCAUCUUUUGGAGCCUCUACUACAUUUAUUGCAUCCGACUCUACCACUAAGGCAGAGAAUGAUGAAGGAGGAAAUUAUGAAACAUUUACACAGAAGUAUGUUUUUCGAUCUGACCUGUUUGAUGUCACCAAGCCUUAUAUACUUCCACCUGUCCGCAAAGAAUGCCAACAAAAUAAUGAAAAAGAAGAUUUAAUGAGUGGUAUUAACGAAGAAAUCUCUACAUCUAUUGUUGGGAAGAAGCGUAAAAGAUGUGUUGAUUUCAAUCAAGGUGAAUUGGACGCUAUGGAAUACCAUGCAAAGAUCAGAGAGCUGAUUUUGGAUGGAUCUAUACAGUUAAUCCAAGAAGGUCUCAAAAGUGGUUUUCUUUACCCAUGCUUUGAAAAACAGGACCAAAAAAAGCCCAUUGCGUCACCUCUUGAUUCCUGCAGUUUGUCAGAAUUAUGUGAAAUGGCAAAGCAUUUGCUAUCUCAGAAUGAAAUUGGACUUCAGACAUUAAAAUUGAUGGAAGGUGAUAUAUCUUUUACAGAGCAGGAUUUAUUUUCUCGCAUUGUUGAAAACAACUCUGGAUUUACAAAAAUGAUUACUUUAAUGGGACAGAAGUACCUGCUGCCACCAAAAAGCACUUUUCUCUUAUCUGACAUUUCUUGUAUGCAACCACUUCUGAACUGUAGAAAAAUAUUUGAUGUAAUUGUGAUAGACCCACCAUGGCAGAACAAAUCAGUUAAAAGAAGUAACAGGUACAGUUAUUUAUCACCACUGCAAAUAAAGCAAAUACCUAUUCCUAAGCUGGCUGCUCCAAACUGUCUCGUUGUUACUUGGGUGACCAAUAGACAGAAACAUCUACGUUUUGUAAAGGAAGAGCUUUAUCCCUCUUGGUCUGUGCAGACAGUUGCUGAAUGGCAUUGGGUAAAGAUUACCAGUUCAGGAGAGUUUGUGUUCCCGUUAGAUUCUCCACAUAAAAAGCCUUAUGAAGGUCUUAUACUGGGGAGAUUUCAAGAAAAAACUGCUUUACCAUUAAGGAAUGCAGAUGUUAAAGUGCUUCCCAUUCCAGACCAUAAAUUAAUUGUCAGCGUGCCCUGUAUUCUUCACUCACAUAAACCACCUCUUGCUGAGGUUCUGAAAGACUACAUUAAGCCAGAUGGAGAAUGUUUGGAAUUGUUUGCUCGGAAUUUACAACCAGGUUGGACUAGUUGGGGCAAUGAAGUUCUUAAAUUUCAGCAUGUGGAUUAUUUUAUUGCCCUGGAGUCUGGAAGCUGACAAUCAUCUAAAUUCAGUUAGUGGCAUCUUCAGUGUUGCUCACCUCUUCACCCUUGAUUCUAAUUUAUUUUUCCUUUUAUUACCAACCAGUACACUUAGAAACGUAAACAGGAGCUGGUUUUCCAGGAAAGCGAAUAGAAGUGAUUAGCUUUCACGUAACUUUGAGGUGAAUUUUCCUUUAGUUGCAUGUCCUUUCACAUUAUUCUUGAUUCAUCACACAUAAAGAGUCAAACGGUUAGAAAAAUGGCAAGAGUAUGUUAUUACAAUUCAGAAAGCAUACAUUGUGAACCAGAGUCUAUAAUCCUGCCUAUGGGUGUAUUUUGUUUGACCCGUAUGGUAUUGUAAUAAAAAUUCCAACCAUCAUUCUAAAAGACUGAAAAAUUUCAUGUAUAAGUCCAGAUUUCUGCUGUCUUUAAACAUCAGAAGGUCUGGUUUCGUUAAGGCCUAUGUGUUGUUUCCUGGCAUCAGUCUGCAAGACCUAGUGAUGGUGGUUCACUUAGGAAUGGCCAUGUACUCUUGGGUUUACCACUUCUUCCAUAUGGUUCAUUUAUAUUAUUUACUUGGUCCCCUAUGACCUGAAAUUGCAACUCCUGGUAAAUUGUUACAUUUUUGGAAAAUGUAUUGAAAAACCUCCCAGGUAUUAUAUGAAUAUAUUGAGUUUAUACAGUAUUUUUUAGUGAGUUUUAAAUUGUACUCAAGGUCACUUCAGAUACUUCUAAGUUUCACAUGCCUUUCUACAGGAAAAUGAAAGAAUAUUGCUUAUAAAAAUGUUUGAAAUUGGGCCAGCCCCAUGACAUGGUG